UAACUCUCCCCAUCAUUGCUUGAACAUGUUGGGCCUCGCACACCCAUAGACUCAAAUCAACUGCCAGCGUCUUUCCGCUCAAACUGUACAGGGGCACCGACUCACGGACCGGCUCGACGAUGGACCACAAUUCGUGAACACCCAUAACUAACCCAAAAUUAGGUUAUGAUAGAUUUAACAGCAGGAUAUGUGUAGAAAAGGUUAAAGGCAAACAACACGAAACACGACGACAACAACGACCCGGAGUUUUCAAAAUGUGGCGCCGUUGGGCCGCGACCCAAUUCGUUGAACAUCUCUGUACUACUCCGCCUUGUUGCUAAAUUAACGUGGAAAAGAAAGUAAAUUCAACUUUUAAAUUGGAUAUAGGUCAUCACCUGGCUUUCUAUGUAAUACAUGUUGUACAUGUUUCAAUUAACAUGAUUAUUUUAAAAAAACAAGGUGGAAAGAAAGGGAACAGUGUUACGAAAUCGUUCGACGCCUGCCAUUUUAACACGAACGUCAUAUUAAAGCGCUUGUUGCUAUGGAUACAAAACUCUUGUUUACUUCUUGAGUGUUUUUUAUUUUCAACUAUGGACCAAAAAAUAAACGUAGAAAUUGUCGGCUUAAUUAAAGACCCUACUUUCCAUGUUGCCAAAAGUAUUGCCGAGGGACUAAAACAGAAGUUUCCUAAAGCAUUUCUCGAUCCAAAAAUUCAACCCCUUCUCGAAUAUGACUGGCACACAUAUCUGUGCCAAAAGAAAAGGGAGCUGCGUGGUGAAGUGUGGCAGUACUCCAGCAGCCUGAUGUGCUUUGUGAACGGCCUUCUCCUCGGUAAUGACAAGGAUCUCGCCGGCUGGGCCAAGAAUCAGUGGAGUUUCUCUUUCACACGACCGCAGGCUUUCUACAUGGCUCUCACUGAGGACUACUACACCAAACACCUCCGGGACAAUGGGCAUCAGUUUGUCUUCAUGGACAUUGAGAUAGCAGGAGAGGCAGUGGGGAGGUUAUUGUUUGAGUUGUUCUCAGAUGUUUGUCCAAAGACAUCCAAGAACUUUGAGGCUCUGUGCACAGGAGAGCGAGGUCUGUCAGAGAGCGGCAUCCCACUUUGUUACAAGGGCUCCCUGUUUCAUCGUGUGGUGCCCAACGGCUGGGUGCAAGGUGGAGAUAUUUCUCCAGAGAGGAAAGGUGAUGGAGGGGAGUCAAUCUAUGGACAAACGUUUGAAGAUGAGAGCUUUGCUGUGUCCCACGCUAGACGUGGCUCUCUAGGAAUGGCCAAUAAGGGUCCACACAGCAAUGGAUCCCAGUUCUACAUCACCCUGCAGCCAACUCCCUGGAUGGACAGGACCUAUGUUGCCUUUGGUCACGUGGUUGAGGGUGUCAACGUCCUCAGAAGAUUAGAAGAAGCUCCGACUUGCAAUGAAAGACCCAAGUAUGAAUGUAAAGUUACAGAUUGUGGAGUGUUUAAGUUUUAAGUUUAGUGAUUACAUUUUUUUCUCAAUGUUUUUUAUGUAAUCAAAUAAACCUGAGAUACAU